AUGGAUCGGGUGCCCCUUAUGCCAGUAUCCCGCCACGCCAUCGAUCUCAUGAUGCACCUUCUAGAGGACCGCUCCGACCGCCUCUCUGCAAAGCGCUACCGAGAGAAUGAUUGGGUACUGCGCGACCGUGCCCUCGGUCCCCGUCGCGUUCGUAACUUCAACUGCACCGGCCACAUCGUCUUCUCCAACGACGCCGAAGACAUCAAGAAACACCCUUUCUUCCGUACGAUCCAGUGGCAGAAUCUGCACCUCACAAGUCCACCGUUCGUGCCCCGCGUCCACGGCGGCCAACCAAUCACCAAGUACUUCGAUGACGAGGCCGACAUAAUGAGCGAAUCAGACCACCUGGAUUCUUCGAGUUACGAUCAUGCACCCGCAGAGGGUGAUGUGGCUGCUAGCGAACAGAAGGUAGGGGAUGGCGACGGUGGGGCAGACUUACCUACACCGCCGCAAAGUCCAGCGAAGGGUAUCAAGAAGAUUCAGAGGAGAAAGAAGGAGAAGAAGAGGCCAAGGGACAAGCUUCUUCGGGAUCCUCAGGUUGGAAAGACGGUAUUGGAGCUGAGAAAGAAAGGCAAGUCAUCCCAUAGAGCCCCCGAUACAUGA